AUGCCGGAUGUGAUUUCAAAAGAAGACGAAAAACAAAACACGAAAAAAACUGUGACACAAAUAGAGCAAGAAACCGAAACCAGAAUCAAAGAAAAUAGAGAUUCGAAAAUUAGCCAAGACACAGCAUUGGGAAUAGAAACAGCGGGAACAGAAACAGCGGGAACAGAAACAGUUGAAACAGAAGAGGAAACCAAUAAUAGUUCAACGCCAUCGAUUGCCUCGUCUGCUUCAAAUAUUGACAACUCGGAAAAAAAGAAAAAAUCGUCAUCGUCACUCGAAAGUUCAACGGAAAAUUCUGGGUCUUCGAAAUUUAAAUUAUUUAAAUGGGGUAAUAAUCAAGAUUCUGAAUAUAAAUCUUUAGAGAAGGCUCUAGGAAGGUAA